AUGGAGCGGGCUCCAAACCUGCUUCUCCUCUGCAUCUUCACCUUCGCCAUGGUCCUGGUUCCCGAGGCCAAGGACCAGGGCAAGGCAGCCAAGGGCAGGAGAAGGGGCCUGGCACGGCCACCCACAGCCCCCCCUGCCCUGGCCUGGGCCCCGGAUGAGCCCUACACCAGCAUGGCAGAGUAUGAGCACAGCAUCCAGGACAUGGUGCGCCAGCUGAGGAACAGCUCCGAGCCGGGGGACACCAAGUGCCAGGUGAACCUGAGGCUCUGGAGGUCCAAUCGCAGGAGCCUGUCCCCCUGGGCAUACAGGAUAAACCACGAUGCCACACGGAUCCCAGCAGACAUCCCCGAGGCCCGGUGCCUCUGCACUGGCUGCAUCAACCCCUUCACCAUGCAGGAGGAUCGCACCAUGGCCAGCAUUCCCAUCUACAGCCGCCUGCCCGUGCGCCGCCUGCUCUGCCCUGGCCCGCCCGAGCUGGCCCACAGGCCCUCGGGCAAGAAGAAGUGCCACAAGAAAUACCAGAUGGUGAUGGAGACCAUCGCUGUGGGCUGCACCUGCAUCUUCUGA